AUGGCGGACGAAAUCAGGCUCGGUGACUACCUCCUGGAGCGGCUCGUGCAACUCAAGUUGCGCUCCUGUCUCGGUGUGCCAGGCGAUUUUAACAUGUCCUUCCUGGACCUUAUCGAGGAUCAUCCUAAGUUGCAGUGGGUCGGCAAUGCCAAUGAGCUGAAUGCUGCUUAUGCUGCUGACGGGUAUGCUAGGAUCAAGGGAACCAUCGCUGCCGUGGUCACGACGUUCGGAGUCGGUGAGCUGAGCGCUCUCAAUGGUAUUGCUGGUGCCUUUUCGGAGAGACUGCCAGUCGUGCACAUCGUGGGUGUACCCUCCACCUCGGCUCAGGGCCAGCAUGCCCUACUGCACCACACCCUCGGAGACGGACGUUUCGAGGCGUUCACCGCCAUGAGUAAGCAGAUCUCUGCUGCGAUGGUGGAGCUGGGCAACUUGAGGCCGGAGGAGGCCCCUAGGGAGAUCGAUCGAGUACUGAGCAUCUGUGUGAAGGAGGCUCGUCCAGUGUACAUCUCGAUCCCAACCGAUAGGACGCACACGAAGGUGCCCUCGGCCAAGCUCUCGACGCCCCUCGAUCUCAGCCCUAUCUCAAAUGAGGCCAAAGAAGAGGAGCACGUGCUGAACGAGAUUGUUUCCCGAGUGAAAGGCUCAAAGGACCCAGUCAUUCUCGUUGAUGCAUGCUGCAUUCGUCACGGCGUGGUAAACGAGACCUAUGAGCUCGUGGAAAAGUCGGGUCUGCCCGUCUUCAGUUCGCCAAUGGGCAAGACUGCCAUCAACGAGGAGCACAAACAGUACGGUGGCAUCUACGUGGGCGAUAUCACAGCUCCAGACAUCAAGGAACGAUUCAAUGCCGCGGACUGUGUCAUCAGCAUCGGAGCUCUCCUCUCGGACUUUAACUCAGGCAACUUCAGCUAUAAGCUGCCGUCAAAUUCCAUUCACCUGCACUCGAACCGCGUUCAGAUUGGUUACGCCCACUACCCCUCGGUAGGUAUGAAAGCUUUGCUUCCCAAGAUCUCAGCUGCCUUGGCCGCAGACCACAAGGGACGCCUCGACUACACUCUUAAAACAGUGUCGAAUCCGACAAACAGACUUCCUACUCAGGAGGAAGAAGGCGAGGCUGCCAAGAAUGACCCGGAUGUUAUUUCACAGGCCUAUCUCUGGCCACGACUCGGUCAAUUCUUCCGCAGCAAAGACCAAAUCAUUGUCGAGACGGGAACCAGCUCCUUCGGUAUGCUUCAAGCCCGUCUGCCUGCCGGAUCUAUCUUCGUCUCCCAAGUUCUUUGGGGAUCUAUUGGGUGGAGUGUUGGAGCCGCCAUGGGCGUGGCGCUGGCUGCACAGGAGGAGAAGCUUGGUAGGACCUGUCUCUUCGUCGGCGAUGGAUCCCUCCAGCUCACGGCACAGGAGAUCGGAACGAUGAUUCGACAGGGCCUCACCCCGAUCUUGUUCAUCUUGUCGAACGACGGGUACGAGAUUGAGAGAGAAAUCCACGGCCCUCAACGCUCCUACAACAAUGUAUCGACAUGGAACCACUCCCUCCUUCUGGACGCCUUCUCUGCGCCGAAUUCUUCGCGUCGCAAUGUGUACAAUGAAGCAAAGGAGAGCACACCUCCUUCUCAUCAGCAUGACAUUCAGCCAUCCAAGAAGGCCUAUCACGCAGUCCAUACGAAGAGCGAACUCGAUGCGUUGCUCAAGAACGAGGAGUUCAAUAAGGCCGAGACUAUUCAAUUGGUGGAGAUCUUCAUGAAGAGGGACGACACACCUGUGCUGCUGAGGAAGCAAGCGGAGGCUACCAGCAAGGCUAACAACCCAGAUGCGUGA